GCAAGCAGGGGCGGGGCCGCGGGGCAGCGGGAGGAGGAGGGGCAGGGGGGCACCGCCGCUGCCAGAGCCUGCCCAACAUAGUCGGCGCCUCCGCAUCCCAGCAGCAGCAGCAGCAGCCCACUCGAACCAACAACAAUAACAACAACAACGGAGGUGGUGGUGGUGGCGGCAGCGGGGGCCCUUCCAAGGCUUCCUCGCCACCCCCACCCUCGCGUCCGGCUACCGGCGCCCAGGACUCCGCCGCCCGACCCACGGGUCACCCCCAGCCCCCCCAGCCCGCGGGUCGCCUGGCCCGCCUGGACCGCUGCGACCCGGUGUCCUCGCUGGGUGUGCUGGGGUCGCUGGUGCUGCCACCCACUGCGGUGGCGCCGGUGCUGCCGCCGCCCCCCCUCAGCGCGGCGGCGGGGGCGUGGAUCCGCAGGAGCGGCGGGCGCAAGGGGGCAGUGGCGGGGGCGGGGGCUGCUGUGGCGGCUACUGCUGCUGCUGCUGCUGCCGCCUCCGCUACCAGUGCUGGCAGCAGCAGCGGAGCCAGCAGCUCGGGUGAUGGAGGGGGAGGGGGAGUUGGAGGAGGUGCAGGAGGAGGAGGUGGUGGUGGUGCAGGUGGGGGAGGUCGCGGCAGCCGCAAGAAGCCGCUGGGUCGCGCGCUGCGUCAGGCGCAGCAGUGGUACCGCUCCCACCUCUCCACCUCCACCUCCACCUCAUCCCCCUCCUCCUCCUCUGCUGCCGCCGCCGCCGCCGCCGCCGCUGCCGCCGCCCUGCUGGCGGUGGACCCCACCUCCCCGGAGCGCUGGCGCCACUUCCGACUGGUACCGCAGCUGAGGGGGGGGCCGCCAGCUGCCACCGCGGCUGCUGCUGGGCCCUCCUCCGGCGGCCCCUCAGCCCCUUCCGGCUCCUCCACCUCCCCCUCCGCCCUCUCCUCCUGCCGGCCGCUGCUGGUGUUCAUCAACCCCAAGUCGGGGCCGCAGGCCGGCGAGCAGUUGCGUCGGCAGCUGCUGCAGCUGCUGCACCCGCUGCAGGUGGUGG